AUUCAUUAGUCAUUCGUCGUCGGCCGACCGAGCGAGCAGCGCAUCACCCGAGCCUGUAUUUGUGCAACUACGAGUAUGUGAGAUUAGCUCGAAAUGCGUCUAGCGUUUGUGACAUUACUAGGUUUGUUUGGUGUGUGCGUGACAUACGACAUGAUUGUUGGGGACACUGUGCACCGCAAGAUGGUCUUCCACCAAAGGGUGAAGGAAUUUGCGAUACCGUUCAAGAAGAGGAUUCGGACUUUAUCCUAUACGGAUCCCGAGAAAAGGACAAUCAAAGGUAUCGCAGCUAUAGACAACGAUUUCUCACAUGCCAGCGCCAAUAUUACGGAAGGUGGAGUAGGGAAGAACUUCGUCACAGUGAGAAUGAAGAGUCAAAGGCACCAUCCACUCAACUUCGAAGUUGAAAUAUAUGUGUAGGAAGUAGGUAACUUUUGUAUGGAAAGGCUAAAUUGCAUGCGAUGGAUUAGACAAACAAAAUGAUCUGCUGCUGGUGAAGGAUUCUUCUGUUCAGUUAUUAAGUACGUAAAUAUGUUAUCGGCUGAGCUGGGACAUUAAAUAA